UUUAAGUUUGUCUAAACAACAUUCAUAUUUUUUAAAGCGGCAUAUAAACAAAAGCAGCAUCUCAUAUAUUUCCUAUAUGUGAAAAAAUGUCGAUUUUCUAGAAAGCUUUGAAAAUAUUAUCAUUAUAAAAUUAAUUUGAAUGAAGACUAUUAUAUAGUCAAAUGUCUUUUCGAACUUGUUUAGUUGAAGCUAAUGGACUAAUCUAUGUCUAUUUAUUUGCUGCUUAAUAAAAUCAAAUGCUCCCUUGAGUUUAUCUAGGUGUUAGAAGUUGUCAUUGAAAAAUAAAGGAUAAAACUGGAAAAUAUAUUUUGCAAUGGAUGAAGUCAUGCAUACUGAUUUAUUUCAAGAAAGAAAAUUUUCUGUUGAUGAAACUAACAAAGUUAGUUUAGAACAAAGAAAAAAUUGGAAAGUCAAAGUAGGAAUAUGUGCAAUGAGUAAAAAGACAAAAUCUAGUGCGAUGGAAGAAAUUCUUAGGCGACUUAAGUUUUACCACCAUCUAGAACUUAUCACAUUUUCUGAUCAAACAAUAUUAGAGGUUUCUGUGGAAGAGUGGCCAAUUGUGGAUGCAUUAGUGUCAUUUUACUCCACAGGUUUUCCACUUGAAAAAGCAGUUGCAUAUACAAAGUUAAGAAAGCCGUUUGUUUUAAAUGAUCUUGAAGUACAAGAUUGUCUUUUAGAUAGAAGGCAAGUAUACAAAGUGCUAGAAUCUGCUAGAAUUGAAACUCCACGUUAUGCUAUAUUUGAGCGUGAUGACAAUAACCAGCCAGUUUUAGGACAAGAAAUUAUUGAGUCUGAUGAUAUUAUUAUUGUAAAUGGAGUGACAUUUAAAAAACCAUUUGUUGAAAAACCUGUUGAUGCAGAAGAUCACAAUGUUUUUAUUUAUUAUCCAUCUUUUGCUGGUGGUGGUUGCCAAAUUUUAUUUAGAAAAAAUGGCAAUGAAAGUAGCAUGCAUUCACCUCGUAGUCAUAUCCGAAGAAAUGGCUCCUUUAUAUACGAAGAUUUUAUGCCCACAAAUGGAACUGAUGUUAAGGUUUAUACAGUUGGAGGGGAGUAUGCACAUGCAGAAGCACGAAAAUCACCUUUUCUUGAUGGAAAAGUUGAUCGCACUAAAGAUGGUAAAGAAGUUCGUUAUCCAGUUAUCUUGAAUCGAUUCGAAAAGACUGUUGCUCACAAAGUCUGCCGAGCAUUUAAGCAAACUGUUUGUGGAUUUGAUCUGCUGCGUGCUAAUGGAAAAUCUCUUGUAUGUGAUGUAAAUGGGUUUAGCUUUGUAAAAACUUCUCAAAAAUACUAUGAUGAUUGUGCUCAGCUUCUUGCUGAGAUUUUCCUCAAAAAUUUAGUUCCUCCUGAUCAAGAAACUGCAGUUGCAUUUAAAGCAGAAGCAGAAAAAAAAGAAAUGCUGGAGAAUAAUAUAAAACCUGAAAAAGGUUUAGAAUUACGCUGCUUGAUUGCUGUCAUGCGACACAGCGACCGCACACCGAAGCAAAAGAUGAAGAUGAUAGUUUCACAUCGAUUAUUCCAUGAUAUUUUUUUAAAACAUGGGGGUCUGGAAGAUGGUUGCAUUAAGCUAAAGAAUCCAAGCCAUUUGCAUGAAAUGUUAGACAUAUUUAGACGACUUGAUGCUGAGUCUGAUCCAAGUUUAUUAUCCACGGAAGAUAGAAUAAAACUCAACAAAAUGAAAAGUGUUUUAGAAAUGUAUGGACAUUUCAAUGGAAUCAAUAGAAAAAUUCAGUUAAAAUCGAUGUCAGACAAACGUAACAUAGGGAUAAUUAGCAAGUUGCGAGGAAGGAAUAAAGUAGAGCAACAGAAAGAAGGCGAAGAAAAUAGACUAAUUCUUAUUGUAAAAUGGGGGGGAGAGUUGACACCUUUUGGUAGAAAACAAGCUGAAGACCUUGGGAGGGCAUAUAGAUGUCUUUAUCCAGAAGGUAGUGCAAUACCAGGUGGAGGCCUUUUAAGAUUACAUAGUACCUAUCGACAUGACUUAAAGAUUUAUUCCUCUGAUGAAGGUCGAGUAAAAAUGACAGCUGCUUCUUUUGCAAAGGGUUUAUUAGAUCUAGAGGGGGAGUUGGUACCAAUUCUUGUGAGUCUUGUCAAAAAUGAUAAGUAUGUUACUGGUAUUCUUGAUACGCCACCGAGUAUAAGCGCAAACAUGCAAAGGGUCAAAUCUCAAAUUCAUGAUAAAUUGCGUUCAAAAGAGGAUUUUACAGAGGAAGAUAUUGCAAAUUUUACCACAUCUAAAAAUGGUGCAAUCGCUCAGGCAAUGCGUAGUGUAAAAAAUCCUUACAAAAAGUGUGAAAAGGUUUAUCGGUUAGUAUGUGUUGUUGUUGAACAGAUUAAACAAAUGUGCAUGCAAGAAGUUGAGAGCAAAUGUUACUAUGGUGAAGGGUUGAAUCAUUUAAAACACAGAUGGGAAAAACUUCAAAAAGACUUUAAAAAUGGAAAUGAAUUUGAUAUGAGUUUAAUUCCUGAUAUUUAUGACUGCGUCAAAUAUGAUUAUCUCCACAAUACGUCUAUAAAUUUACAAAAACUUCCUGAGCUUUACGCUGAUACUAAAUCUCUUGCAGAUAUAGUCAUUCCUCAGGAAUACGGAAUUACUAGUGAAGAUAAAAUAAAAAUAUCAAGAGAGAUAUGCAGCGACUUAUUGUUAAAAAUAAAAUCUGAUCUGAAUUCAAAUGUUAUACCACAAGGGAACAAUUUAGAUCCAUUUGCACUGCGUGAUAUUGAUUCGCCUAAUAAUCAUGUGAGAACUCGUCUAUAUAUAACCAGUGAAAGCCAUGUCCAUUCUUUAGUAAAUGCGCUUAAAGAGGGAAAAUUGUUUAAGGGUUCUGAAGAUUCAAUGAGCAAGCAGGCAUUAGCUAUUCUGAAUAAUACUGCAGAACUUAAUUAUCUUACACAAAUAGUAAUUAUGAAGUAUGAAGACUUAAAAGUUGAUCCACAAUCUGAUGAGCGCUUUAGAAUUGAAAUUUUAUUUUCCUCUGGUGUAAAAUGUCCAGUAACUCCUGAUGAUGUUUUAAAGUUACACGAAGAGUCAAAAUCGAAUAAUUGUGAAUACAUAAUAAAAAAGUUUGUUGAAGAAGACUCAGUUUUACUGGAGAUGGCUUGUGAUGAGCAAAAAGCUGCUGAACUAAAACAAAAGGCAAAAACUAAAGUAUUUGCGGAAUUACGUCGUGGUGGAAACAUUAUUGAUAGUUUUCCUUCAGGUCCACGAAUAAGACCACGAAGAGGAAGUGGAAUAGUACCUAGCUUUGAGCCAUCAAGUAUAAUAACUACUGAGAACCGAGUUCCCUUUGAUGAAGUAUUAGAAAUGCUUCCCAACCUUCAUCCUUUACAAGUUCUUCAUAGUUGUUUGCGUCAAAAGCAAUUGAAUUAUUUUAUUGAUCACAUAACUGAAGGAUAUAAAAAUGAACAGUUAAGUGCUUGGAAGAAAAAAAAGUGAAGGGAAAAAAAAGAUCAGCUAAGUGUUUGGAAGAAGAAAAAAUGAAGGUCAUAACAAUGAAUAGUUAAGUGUUUGGAAGAAGAAAUAAAGGAUAUAAAAAUGAACAGUUAAGCGCUUGGAAGAAAAAAAUUUGAAUGGUAUAAAAAUAAACAGUUAGGUGCUUGGAAGAAGAAAAAGUAUUCAAGCGUUGUAAACAAAUAUUUUUUGAUUUUUAGAAAUCAAUUUUUAAAAAAUUGUAAAAGCUGGUUGUAAAUUUGUACAUUUGAGUCAUAUAAUUUUUUUUUUAAUAUUUAUGAAAAGUACUUAUUAUUUUUAAUAUUUAAGGUUUGUCAACAAAUCGAUUCUUUCUAUUUUUUGUUAAUAUUGCGUUGAUCAAAAUGUAACACAAUUUUAUAUGUAAAUAAAAAAAUUAUUUCAAUGUAAAAAGUUUUUUAAUAGUAACAAAGUUGUUGACGCUUUUUUAAAUGGAAACAAAGUUGUUGACGAAUUUUUGAUUUAAAGUUAAUAAAUGGUAUUUGUUUUUAAUUUUGUUCUAAAAAUAGUUACCAUAAUAACAGUUUAGAAUUUUUGAUUUAAAAGUUAAUUAUGGGGCACUCCACCCCAACACUUCUUGAAGUCGUUAUAGAUGUAGUCUAUAUAAAGUAUUACUAUAAGAAAUGAAAGUAUAGUUUUGUAUUAUUGAGACCGUUGCUAACUAAAUUGAAUAUGAUUUUUCCCAAAUUUUUGGGAGCGAGUA